AUGAAUCCUAAUUUCAGAGAAGCUGUUGAGUGCGUAAGGCUGUUAUUGGAAAAGAAAUUUUUCGCCGAAUCAAAAGAUGAAGUUGCACUUAUUCUCUGCGGCUCUGAUGCUACUGACAAUCCUUUAGCUGAUGAAGAAGGAAGUUUUCAAAAUAUAUGUUUGACUUUUGAACUCGCUCCUAUAAGUUGGAAGGUCUUGGAAUUUCUAGACCCAGAUUUAUUAUCACUCUCGACAGGAGAUGUUGUUGAUGCACUAAUGGUAGGCGCUGACCACUUGUUUAAUCGUUGCAAGAAUAAAAGAAACAUAAAAGAAAAGCACUUGUUGCUUGUCAGCAAUUUGUAUGGUUCAGUUGACGAUUCUGAUGUCUCCAGGGUAUCUGAAAGCCUCCAGUCUUCAGGUAUUAAAUUCAGCUUGAUUGGUUGUGAUUUGAAGAAGAGUAUUAAUAUCUCACCUGAAAACCGGGAUGAACCUGGUCCAUCUCAUGCCAUUUCUCAUCACCAUCAUCCUUCUUCGAAAACUAGACCCUCCAUUUCUUUUUUAGCUGAACUCUGGGAUCAACUAAACGGAGAAUCAUAUGAUUUGAGCGAUGCAGUCACUGCAUUGAGUAUAUUCGAAACCCGUAGCGUUUCGCAACGUGGUUGGAAUGUAGGUUUGCAAAUUGGCGAUUCGAUCACUAUCCCAGUUGUCGGCUAUACACAUAUAAAGGAGGCUCAUCCACCAACUAUGAAGAUACUGUACGCCCCAGAUCCUUCUCUUCCACUGCGCGCUGUUACAAAAUAUUGUACACAAGAUGCAGAUCCUUCCGAUUUAAACUCUUCUGAAGUUACUCGAGGUUACCGGUAUGGUGGGACUGUAGUCCCCUUUGGUGAAGAAGAUAUGGCCUCCAUAAAACCCACUUCAGAAAAGUGUUUCAGCGUUAUUGGAUUUACGAGUGCUGACAAUAUCCCUCAUAACCUUUACACUGGUGAAAGUGUGUUGGUUUUUGUUGCCCAGUCAGUCAAACAAUCUGAAGAUGAUGUAACCAAUCGCCCAUCCUGUUCAACAGCUUUGGCAGCGUUGGCUCAAGCACUUUAUGAGAUUAGUGGUGUUGCUCUUGUCCGGAGAGUGUACAAUCAGACAAGUGCCGUUAGAUUAGGAGUUUUAACUCCAGAAAUUCAUGGUGAUCAGAUAUCGCUCAUGUAUACUGAUAUGGCGUUUAGUGAAGAUAUUCGCAAUCUGAAACUUCCAAGUUUACCAGUUUCCUGUGAGCCUUCUACUUCCAAUACGGAAUGUCCUGUUAAGUCUUCAAACACUAUGAAAUUGCGUAAAGAUUGCCCAUCUCAGGAACAGUUAUCAGUUAUGGAUUCUUUUAUUAACUCCAUGAUGUUAAAUUAUUCAGAUGAAAGUGAUGAUGAUGAUGGUGGUGGUGGUGAACUCAACGAGAAAGACGAAAAUGACGUGAAAAAUCCUUCAUCAAAUAGGAUCUUAAAAGUUCAACGGAUAUCAAACCCUUGGAUUCAACGUUUCUUUGCCUGCCUUAGAAAACGGGGUCUUAAUCCAUCAGUACCACUUCCAAUUUCAAAGCAAUCAAAUUCUUCUGAUGUUUGGCUGUCACCUGAAAUGUUUCCUGGUUUGGAGGAAAUCAUCACACAAAUCAAUACUAAUUCCGAGACUGCAUCUGUAAUUGAAUCCCGUAAUGUUCUUCUUAAUUCAUUUCCACCUCUUCGUCCUGCUAGUGAUCCAGUCGAUUUGACAGAAGAAUUUUUGGCGAAAAGACGGCGUUUAGCGGAUGAAGAACUUUAUGCUACUUCCUCGUUCACGAAAGAAAUAGACAGUGAAUAUCCAAGCGAACAACUGACUGCAAGUUCGGAAUUAACUAGCAAAUCAUUGCUUCAAAACACACUGGCAUCAAAUUCCAUUCAAAUAAACUCAGUUCAAGAUUUUGAAGACCUAAUCUCCCAACAACAAAUUGAAGUUGCUUGUAGACUUUUGGAGAAAGAAAUAAUUCAAUUGGUGACUGAUCCUUUCACUGCAACUUUAUUGCGUCCAAAAGCUAUCGCUUACCUGUUCGCUUAUCGUAAGCAUGCUCAACCAAGUAGAGAAAUCGUCAAUAAUAGUAAUGAAAACAAUCAUAUUAAUGAUGCUACAUCCAACGGCAGCACAUAUAAUCUUGAAAUUGCUCGAGCAUAUAACUCAUUUAUUCGUAGUUGGCGCCAGGAUCUUAUCGAUCGUAAUCUUCUCGGAGGUAAUGUCUCAUCUCAACGUGCUGCUAAUGAUAGCAAGUUGUCGUUUUGGCUGGAAACAAUUGCACAAGGUUUCGGUCUUUUGUGCAAUGACGAAAUCCCGGGAAUCGGUGUUACUCAUUCAGAAAGUCGUAAGUUUUUGAACUUGGAAGAUAUUACAAUACCUUAUUUUGUUGAAACAAAAGAUAAUCAGCCUGUAUCGCCCAAUUGUGUUCUCAAAGUUGAGCAUUUGGUAAGUGUUAUCCAUUUUUAUGCUGCUUGUCAUUUGAACUUUUCGGACAUUGAUAGACUUCUUGGUUUUUAAUGUUGAAAGGAAAAUGAACUUCCGAUCGUUGUUGCUUUACUUAUGGAUUCUAACCAACAAACAACUUAGGUAAACGACUUUCAGGCGAUUAAAUCCAACCACGUAACAUCAAACGAAGUGCACUCCAAUGUUAAUCUAUUUUCCGUAAUGUCCAUAUCACAACUUAAUCUUUAGCAUUCUUUCAUCAUUAGGGACUAAAUACCAUGACAUUGGUUAUUGCUCAGUGAGUAACAACAUUUAGUAAUGUAUUAUCCAGAAUUAUUAAAGUUAACAAAUAGUGAAAUUUUUGAACAUUCUAUACUUCUUGACUUUUCUUAGCAAGAAGUCUUCUAGUGUGUUAUUUAUUCCAUAUAACGUAUAAAUUGAUAAUAUCUUUUAACCAAACAGAUCAGAAUGAAUAUACGGGCAUCAUUUUUAUACACCAACUAUAGAGUUAAUUCCUUAAUAUUUUUAACUCACAAGCACAUAGUUAUUUGUCAUCAUCCACUAUAACGAUUUACUUAUAUACUUAAUUUUCCAAAUUAAUAUCACUAUCCGAGCAAACUGUCGAGAAAUUCAUUUCAAUAAAUUAACUAUUCAUUCUACAAUAGUCAGCUUGUUACAUUACAACCAAUGAAUAAAUUAUAAUAACAACUAUCAUUUAAACGUUAAUUGACAAAAUUGCAUAUAUCGUACCACAAUAAUGCUCAUAAAUAGAUUGUUGUGGAUUAUAAUCUUUUCUCUUCAACUGAAAAAAAGUGCGCAUCCACGAUCCCGCGCACUGCUGAGGAUUCCCAUACUAGGACGAAACGGCCGUCCAGUGCUUCCAGGUUUUCAGUGGUGGUCUAGCUUCAACUGACUCAUGAUUUCAAUCUGUGAAAAUUUCUAAAAUCUCCACAAACCCCUUCUGACAAAAAAGUAUUUAAAAUUUAAUGAAGUGUACAUUAGCAUGUUUUAACUUGUUAAUAAGUUGUUUAAUUGAACAUACAUUAUACUACGUUUUUUUUAUAUUUUAGAUGGAUGACACAGAUUGAAAUUUUCCGUAAUUAUUAUUGUUGUUGUUGUUUAUGUCUAGUUGCUUACCAUCACACAUAUUAUGGAUGACCUAUUUUCUUGAUCAUUUCUGUCAUAAUUUGUAAUCUAUCUUCUUUCCUUCAUAAAAGUUUU